CUCAGCGACAAAGCGGAUGGCACUUUUCUAUGGGUCGGCUUAGCCUGCAGUGAAUUGAAACUGGUUGAUUCGAAGGAAGCUGUCAAAACCCUGCAGGCGCUACCCAAGGGCCUUCAUCUUUUAUACGAUAAACUCCUCCACACGGCUCUUAAUUCAAAAACUGAAGAAGACCAAGCUACAAUCAAACGCAUUCUGAGUUCCGUUAUGGUCGCCUUGCGCCCGCUCAGCUUGUCGGAGCUCUCUGUAGUUUGUCAAAUCCAUCAGGGCGAAGACGAGGAAGACCGGAUUCAGUUUACCCGUGAAGAAAUCGAGUCUUGCCGCCUUCUCAUAACAAUCCAGGAUGAGACUGUUCUUCAACUGCAUCAAUCUGUCAAGGACUUUCUGGUCUGGUCCGGCCCUGACUGCUUCAUCAACGACUGUGAGGCCCACGCCGACAUUGCGCACCGAUGCGUAGACGAAAUCAUUCAAAGUUUCUAUACUGAGACAAAGCAGAAUAAUGUCGCAUUAAAUGGCGACCUUUCAUCGUAUUCAAUUCAGUUCUGGGCUCAUCAUGCACACAUGGCAGGACCAAAAUUCUGA